UGCAAGAGGAAACUUUCAGAAAGUUCCUAUAUUGAUCGGAUCCACAGUGAACGAGACAACGUCAUACACAUAUAGGAUGUUUGGUGAUAAGGUCAACAGCACACAAGUUGAAGAAUUUCUCAAGACACUAUACAAUGCGACCAUUAUCGAUGAGAUUCCUACGAUCUAUGGUCCCAUAUCCGCCUUUGAUAAUCCAUUUACAUAUCUAAACAUAAUAUAUACGGACGCUUGGGUGCACUGUGGAGCAAGACGUAUCGCUACUAGAUUCUCUAAUUAUGGAUUACCAACUUAUUUAUAUACAUAUAACCAUCUCGUAUCUGCUGCACCAUCAUGGGCUGGUGUAACUCAUGGUGUCGAACUUCCUAUGCUCUUUCCAACGAUUCUUAGCUAUUACUAUCGUAAUUAUACUUUUACUACAUCUGAUCAACAACUCUCUAGCAGUAUGAUGUUAUAUUGGGCCCAUUUCAUCUAUAAUUCGAAUCCUAAUUACAAUGGAAACCCAGCCAAUUGGAAUACUUAUCUUGCCUCGACCGAUAGUGAUUUUGUUGUGCAAAUUAAGCCACACAUGAGAAAUCAUUAUUAUUAUCCUACUUGUUCACGAUUGUGGGAUCGAUACGCUAUCACAAAUGAUACUACCACAUCGUCUGCAAUGAGAUACGACUGUUACUAUCACUGUUUGUUCUUGUUCAUAGUUCUUUUUGUGUUACGAUUCACAUGUAAAUUUUUCUGAAUAAACAUAAAUCAAAAUGAAAUGCUUAAAAAACCUGGUGAAAGUCAUUUGAGUCAAGAAGUGAUCUUAAGGGUAGGGGCAAGGGUGUGAUGGAUAUGGGUGAUGAAAAGAGUAUCACACUCAUACCCAUAUCACACACCCACACCCACACCCUACAAUUUUACAAUAUUAAAGUAAAAUAUUUGAUUUAUGUUUAACAGUUAUUUAAUCAUUGAUUUGACUGUCUAUCUUUUAGGGGGCAAGUAAAAUAUACAUUCAUAGCGAGAGAGAGAGAAUGAGAAAGAGCAUGUUAUAUUUUGUUUUGUCUAAUGCUUUAGUUGUCUAACAGUCUUCUAACAUCUAGUUUUGAGCAUGUAAUCUUAAUGUUGUAUUGUUCAUGUCAAAUUCAUUGUAUUAAUACUAGAAAAACACCCUUAUUUUAUUUUGAAUAUAUAUUUAAUUUUUGUUUUUUCUUCCUAUUAGACUUCACUUGGACAACCACAAAUGAUGGUAGUCUCUGAUCUUGAAGAGAUAUUUGUACCUUUACUUGAAGGUUUUCUUUGUUCACCACAAGAUUCACGUGGAGUGAUUAAUAGUUUACUUGAUCAAAUUCCACAAACAUUUGCAAAUUCACAAGAAACAGAAACAAUUUUAGCACCAGUCAUCCAAUCUGGCAUUCAAGCAUUAAAAGGAGCCAACUGUUCUGGUAAAAUCUAUGUAUUUUCUACAACAAUGCCAAUCGAUAUGGCUCCAGGAAAAUUAUCAAAUCGAGAAGAUAAGAAAGCACUUGGUACUGAAAAAGAAAAGACACUUCUAUCACCCGUUAAUAAUAUUUAUACUAAACUUGGUGAAGAAUGUGCUCAGAAUGGUUGCGCUGUCGAUCUAUUUGUUUUUCCGAAUAAUUAUUAUGAUCUUGCAACGAUUGGUGAAGUUUGUCGUAUAUCUGGUGGAGAAAUUUAUAAAUUUAAUUACUUUUCAAUUGAGAAUGAUGGUGAACGUUUAUUAGAUGAACUUAAACGUAAUUUUCAACGAACUACUGCUUUUGAUGCAUUAAUGCGUGUACGAACAAGUACAGGAAUUGGCCCAAUUGAUUUUCUUGGUAAUUUUUAUAUGACAAAUGCAACUGAAAUGAUAUUUGGUACAAUUGAUUCUGAUAAAUCAGUAUCUGUUGAAUUAAAACAUGAGGAUAAAUUAUCUGCUGAUGGUAAUACCUAUACUCAAGUUGCUUUGCUUUAUACAAGUAUAUCUGGUCAACGUCGUUUAAGAAUAAUAACAUUAGCAUUAACAGUUACAUCAUCAUAUACGACACUUUAUCCAGCUUGUGAUCUUGAUACAAUUAUGAAUUAUAUAACAAAAGUUGCUAUGCGUUCAGUAUUAAUGUCAACUCCAAAAAGUAUACGAGAUAGUAUAAUAACACAAGCUGCAAAUAUGCUUGCAUGUUAUCGAAAACAUUGUGCACAGGCAACAACAGCUGGACAAUUAAUUUUACCUGAAACAUUAAAAUUAUUACCUGUUUAUGUAGCUUCAUUACUUGAAUCAGAUGCAUUAACUGGAACUCUGACAUUAACUACUGAUGAUCGAAGUUGGUUAAUUCAUCGAUUAAUGUCAAUGAAUAUUAAAGGAACAUCUACAUAUAUAUAUCCAAGAAUUUAUCCAUUGCAUACUUUGGAAGAAAACUCUAUUCCACCAUCAAUGAUUCGCUGUUUAUAUGAACGUUUUGCUGAUACAGGCGCUUAUGUUAUUGAGAAUGGUCUUGUUAUGUAUAUUUGGCUUGGUAGUCAACUUGAUUCUACAUUUGUGCAAUGUGUCUUUGGUCUUCCAUCAGCAUCUCAUAUUCAACCAGAAAAAUGUCGCGCUGUUGAACUUGAUAAUCCUUUAUCAAAAAAUGUUCGAACAUUAUUAAAUAUGAUUCGUGAUGAACGAAAUUCUUAUAUGAAAGUAUGUUAA